CGUAGGAGUUCGGAUUCUCCACCCGCCUCGUCCCUAUUUCCCUUUGCCUCUCUUUCGGGAACGAGAGAGGUGGAGGGAGGCAACGAGGUUGCAAAGGAGAGGGCCGCCAAAUCGGCCCGCCUGCAAAGUGUUGCUUUGACACAUCCUUAUUAUGGAAGUUUAGUGAAAAAACUCUGGACGUGGAGCUGCUACCCAGACGGAGACCGGGGGAAAGGAAACCAGUGGGCAGGCCAAUGUUUUUUUUCGGCAGCGCGCUGGCAAGUUUGUGGAACACUUUCUAGGAAUUAGGUCUUUUUCCUCUCCCGUCAUCUUCUUGACUUCUGAAGAACGAACUUGGCUUUGGAUUGCCAUGAAGCCUGAGGAGAGGGGGUUAGACACACUUGAAUAAUCCCUCCGGCUGGGCUGAAUUCGUGGGAAUUUAGGAAGCCACAGUGAGGAAAUACAGCAGCCUUGGGAGUGCUCUCUGUUAAUUUGGAUGGAUCUAAAUGUGCCCCAUUCAAGACCUCUCCACUAACCCCUUCUGAUCUUGCCAUUUGCUCUUCUUGACUUAAUUAGCAGCUAGAAAAGUCUAAACUUUGGACCUACCUCUUUUUUUGAUACUUAUUUUUGUACUUUUGCUCUCUGGGAUUGGUUUCUUAAACAAUCUGGAUCCUUUUUAAUAUGUCAAAAUGAGUCGGCUGAUGUUUACACAACUACUGCUCUGUGGAUUUUUAUAUGUUCGGGUUGAUGGAUCUCGUCUUCGCCAGGAAGACUUUCCCCCGCGGAUUGUGGAGCACCCUUCCGAUGUCAUUGUCUCUAAGGGAGAGCCCACCACGUUGAACUGCAAGGCUGAGGGCCGGCCAACGCCCACCAUUGAGUGGUACAAGGAUGGCGAGCGGGUGGAGACUGACAAGGAUGAUCCCCGGUCCCACAGGAUGCUUCUGCCCAGCGGUUCCUUAUUCUUCUUGCGCAUUGUGCAUGGGCGCAGAAGUAAACCUGAUGAAGGAAGCUACGUGUGUGUUGCGAGGAACUAUCUUGGUGAAGCAGUGAGUCGAAAUGCAUCUCUGGAAGUGGCAUUGUUACGAGAUGACUUCCGGCAAAAUCCCACAGAUGUUGUAGUGGCAGCCGGAGAGCCUGCAAUCCUGGAGUGCCAACCUCCCCGGGGACACCCAGAACCCACCAUCUACUGGAAAAAAGAUAAAAUUCGAAUUGAUGACAAGGAAGAAAGAAUAAGUAUCCGUGGUGGAAAACUAAUGAUCUCCAAUACCAGGAAAAGUGAUGCAGGGAUGUAUACCUGUGUUGGCACCAAUAUGGUGGGAGAAAGAGACAGUGAUCCAGCAGAGCUGACUGUCUUUGAACGACCCGCAUUUCUCAGGAGGCCAAUUAACCAGGUGGUGCUGGAGGAAGAAGCUGUAGAGUUUCGUUGUCAGGUCCAAGGAGAUCCUCAACCAACUGUGCGGUGGAAAAAGGAUGACGCAGACUUGCCAAGAGGAAGGUAUGACAUCAGAGAUGAUUACACACUGAGAAUUAAAAAGGCCAUGAGUACAGAUGAAGGCACAUAUAUGUGUAUUGCUGAGAAUCGGGUUGGAAAGGUGGAAGCUUCUGCUACCCUCACAGUCCGAGCUCCUCCACAGUUUGUGGUUAGGCCAAGAGAUCAGAUUGUUGCUCAAGGUCGUACAGUGACAUUUCCCUGUGAAACUAAAGGAAACCCACAGCCAGCAGUUUUUUGGCAAAAAGAAGGCAGCCAGAACCUGCUUUUCCCAAAUCAACCCCAACAGGCCAACAGCAGAUGUUCUGUGUCGCCAGCCGGGGACCUUACAAUUACCGACACUCAGCGCUCGGACGCGGGUUACUACAUCUGCCAGGCCCUAACCGUGGCAGGAAGCAUUUUAGCAAAAGCUCAGCUGGAAGUUACUGAUGUUUUGACAGAUAGACCUCCACCUAUAAUUCUACAAGGCCCAGCCAACCAAACGCUAGCAGUAGAUGGUACAGCAUUACUGAAAUGUAAAGCUACUGGUGACCCUCUUCCUGUAAUUAGCUGGCUAAAGGAGGGAUUUACUUUUCUGGGUAGAGAUCCAAGAGCUACUAUACAAGAACAAGGAACCUUGCAGAUUAAGAAUUUACGCAUUUCUGAUACUGGCACUUAUACUUGUGUGGCUACAAGUUCAAGUGGGGAGACUUCCUGGAGUGCUGUGCUGGAUGUGACAGAGUCUGGAGCAACAAUCAGUAAAAAUUAUGAUUUUAAUGACCUGCCUGGACCACCAUCCAAACCACAGGUCACUGAUGUUACUAAGAACAGUGUCACCUUGUCCUGGCAACCAGGUACCCCUGGAACCCUACCAGCAAGUGCAUAUAUCAUUGAGGCUUUCAGCCAAUCAGUGAGCAAUAGCUGGCAGACAGUGGCAAACCACGUAAAGACCACCCUCUAUACAGUGAGAGGACUGCGGCCCAAUACAAUCUAUUUAUUCAUGGUGAGAGCCAUCAACCCUCAAGGUCUCAGUGACCCAAGUGCUAUGUCAGAUCCUGUGCGCACACAAGAUAUCAGCCCACCAGCACAGGGAGUGGACCACAGACAAGUCCAGAAAGAACUCGGCGACGUCCUUGUCCAUCUUCAUACUCCGGUUGUAUUGACUCCCACCACUGUUCAAGUCACAUGGACGGUUGAUCGCCAACCCCAGUUUAUUCAAGGCUACCGAGUGAUGUACCGUCAGACUUCAGGCCUGCAGGCUACAUCAACAUGGCAGAAUUUAGAUGCUAAAGUCCCGACUGAGCGAAGUGCUGUCUUAGUCAAUCUGAAAAAGGGGGUGACUUAUGAAAUUAAAGUUCGACCAUAUUUUAAUGAGUUCCAAGGAAUGGAUAGUGAGUCUAAAACAGUUCGUACUACUGAAGAAGCCCCAAGUGCCCCACCACAGUCUGUCACUGUGCUGACUGUUGGAAGCCACAAUAGCACAAGUAUUAGUGUUUCCUGGGAUCCUCCUCCCCCUGACCAUCAGAAUGGAAUUAUCCAAGAAUACAAGAUCUGGUGUCUGGGGAAUGAAACACGAUUCCACAUCAACAAAACUGUGGAUGCAGCCAUUCGAUCUGUAAUAAUUGGUGGAUUAUUCCCAGGUAUUCAAUACCGGGUAGAGGUUGCAGCUAGUACCAGUGCAGGAGUUGGAGUAAAAAGUGAGCCACAGCCAAUAAUAAUUGGGGGAAGGAAUGAAGUUGUCAUUACUGAAAACAAUAACAGCAUAACUGAGCAAAUCACUGAUGUUGUGAAGCAACCAGCUUUUAUAGCUGGUAUUGGUGGUGCCUGCUGGGUAAUUCUGAUGGGUUUUAGCAUCUGGUUGUAUUGGCGAAGAAAGAAGAGAAAGGGACUCAGUAAUUAUGCUGUUACAUUUCAAAGAGGAGAUGGAGGACUAAUGAGCAAUGGAAGCCGCCCAGGUCUUCUAAAUGCUGGUGAUCCCAGUUAUCCAUGGCUUGCUGAUUCAUGGCCAGCCACGAGCUUGCCAGUAAACAACAGCAAUAGUGGCCCAAAUGAGAUUGCGAAUUUUGGGCGUGGAGAUGUGCUGCCACCAGUUCCAGGCCAAGGGGAUAAAACGGCAACGAUGCUCUCAGAUGGAGCUAUUUAUAGCAGCAUUGACUUCACGACCAAAACCACUUACAACAGUUCCAGCCAAAUAACACAGGCUACUCCAUAUGCCACUACACAGAUAUUGCAUUCCAAUAGCAUACAUGAAUUGGCUGUUGAUCUGCCUGAUCCACAGUGGAAAAGCUCAAUUCAGCAAAAAACAGAUCUGAUGGGAUUUGGUUAUUCUCUACCUGAUCAGAACAAAGGUAACAAUGGUGGGAAAGGUGGAAAAAAGAAGAAAAAUAAAAACUCUUCUAAAGCACAGAAAAACAAUGGAUCAACCUGGGCCAAUGUUCCGCUACCUCCUCCCCCAGUCCAGCCCCUUCCUGGUACAGAGCUGGAACACUAUGCAGUGGAACUGCAAGAAAAUGGCUAUGACAGUGAUAGCUGGUGCCCACCAUUACCAGUACAAACUUAUUUACACCAGGGUAUGGAAGAUGAACUGGAAGAAGAUGAUGAUCGUGUCCCAACACCUCCUGUCCGAGGCGUGGCUUCUUCCCCUGCCAUUUCCUUUGGACAGCAGUCCACUGCAACUCUAACUCCCUCCCCACGGGAAGAGAUGCAGCCCAUGCUGCAGGCUCACCUGGAUGAGUUGACAAGGGCCUAUCAGUUUGAUAUAGCAAAGCAAACAUGGCAUGUUCAAAGCAAUAAUCAACCUCCGCAGCCCCCGGUUCCACCAUUAGGUUACAUGUCCGGAGCUUUGAUUUCCGAUUUGGAAACAGAUGUUCCAGAUGAUGAUGCUGAUGAUGAAGAGGAAGCUUUAGAAAUCCCCAGGCCCCUGAGAGCACUAGAACAGACGCCCGGAUCCAGUACGGACAAUCUAGACAGCUCUGUGACAGGCAAAGCCUUUACCUCCUCUCAAAGACCUCGACCAACCAGCCCAUUUUCUACUGACAGUAACACCAGUGCAGCCAUGAGUCAAAGUCAGAGGCCUCGGCCCACUAAAAAACACAAGGGAGGGCGAGUGGACCCACAACCAGCAUUGCCUCACCGAAGGGAAGGAAUGACAGAUGAUCUUCCACCACCACCAGAUCCCCCUCCCGGUCAGGGUUUAAGGCAGCAAAUAGGCCUGAGCCAGCAUGCUGGUAACGUGGAAAACUCAACAGAGAGAAAAGGAAGCUCUCUGGAGAGACAGCAAGCAUCCAACUUAGAAGACACAAAGAGCUCUUUGGAUUGUCCAGCUAAAACAUCCCUAGAGUGGCAGCGACAAACCCAGGAAUGGAUAAACUCCACAGAACGCCAAGAAGACAUACGGAAAGCCCUCCACAAACAAGGUGUUGGACCAGAGGAGACCUUGGUGCCCUACAGCAAGCCCAGUUUCCCAUCUCCAGGGGGUCACAGCUCAUCAGGAACGGCUUCUUCUAAGGGAUCCACUGGACCUAGGAAAGCCGAGGCAUUGAGGGGAAGCCACCAGCGCAAUGCCAGCGACCUUCUUGACAUAGGAUAUAUGGGCUCAAAUAGUCAAGGACAGUUUACAGGUGAAUUAUAGUAACUGAGAGGAGACAUGCAAAGCUGCUCUGAAGGACCAUCAGGUCUGAACUCAUGGAAGUGAUGACACUAAACAGUGCAAUGAACAAUUUCUAUUUAUGUACUAUUAAAAGAACUGUAAAUGCAAUGUAAAGACACACAGCCACACAUAUCCCACAGAUAUUUUACUUGUGUUCUUCUCUUAAGUACACCACCCACCUUAACUCUUUCUUGUCAGGAGUAUAUAAAAAAAGAAAGAAAACAAAGCUCGCCCUCCAGGAAGAAAAGGAUUUUCCUCUGUAUAUAAUUUCUUUUGUGCAUUGCUAUGCAAGCUCACUCUUUUUAGCUCUGUUCAUAUUAUUGUCCGUUCUUAUUGGUCUGUUGUACUAUAUGUGAAUUAAUAGGCUGUGGUGCCGUAUAUUAACUUUUAAUUGUGUAACUUUUAUGUUUAAAUUUUGCACUGCAAUUUUAUUUGGUGAUAAGCACAAAUCUCUACUCCUCGUGACAUGAAGAAAAAGACUGAAUGUGAAGGGAGUUUCUGUACUGUAAGCUAGGUUGGAUAAUGCUGGUUGUAACCGAUCACGUUAGGGGGGUUUCAGUUGGGGUGUAGAAAUAGGAAAGAUGCAAAGGAACAGGGGUGUUGGCGAAGUCUUCUUGGAACAUCAGCGACUGAGUCAAUUAAAAAAAAGCAGAAAGGUGGCUUUUACUAUUGACAAAAGCAGGGGUCAAAAGAAGGAAGUUGAAGUCUUAAGACUGAAUAGGCAUUAAAAAAUACAGGUAGCAAUGAUGUACUAAACUUGCUUAAAAAAAAAAUUAAAGUUAUAUUUAGAAUCAGCUUUACCUGUCAUUGUAAUUGACCCAUUGGAGAACUACAACAAGCAAGAGGAAAUUAAGGUGUUUCACAAGAGCUGUAUUUAUAUUACAGUUUUUUUAAAAAAGCAUUUUCUGAAUUACCAUAACUAAUCUCUCCAAUUCAUUAAGUCAGAAUAUAAUAUGAAGUUCCCCAAGGAAACAAACAAAAUGAACUCUAGAGUAUCUAGCAAAUAGUUAAAGAAGCAAUUUAUUAUUAGGACAUACUCGAGCUGCUUCCAAAUACAAAAACUCUAUUGCAAUAUCUUGUUUCAUCUUUUUAAUACAUGUACAGUACACACUAGAGGAUAGAGCUGCAUCACUUAAAUUCAUGAUUUUUUAAAAAUAAUGCAGUCUAUAUACAAUUUUGUGUUUUAUUUGAUUAAGAAGUGAAGUUAUGCCACCAAAUAUAUAGCCAAAUUGUAAGUGCUUAAAAAGCAGUGCUCAGAGUAUGUUCAGUUCACAGUAAGUAGAGUUAUUGGAAUAAAUAUUUUAUGGUACAUUCUCAAAAAUUGGCUACCAACUAAAAUAUGUUUGACCCAUUUUGAAUGAGUAAAUCGAAAAGAAAAAUUCUAAAGAAGAAAAAUGCAUGUUUAUACACUUUUUAAAUAAACCAAACCUCGUAAGUGGACAUUAAUAACAGUGUCCUGCCUCAUUUGUUUACACGACUUUGAGAACAAGAAGUUCCUGAACAUCAGUCAGGUAUCAUCCAAAUGAAUAUGACUUUGAAAUAUAUGUUAGCUACUGUACAUGUAUAGUCAAUCAUUCAAGUAGAAGAGAACUUUCCUGAAUUUCCCAAACUUUCCUGAAAUUCCCACUUGUGACAUUUUUCCAUGUGCUGCCUACACAAUUGUAAAUUCUAUCUCUAGUUAUACUUUCUCAUGUUUUUCCUAUGAUGUGUUCAGUAGUUGGUACUAUGAAAAAUAUUCAAUGUAAUGAUUAGAAUCAGUUCUAAAAUAUGGGGCCAGUUUGAAUGACAGUUCAUACUCCGUGCAUUAUUGGCUCAGUCACCAAUUGUGUGUCAUAUUGUUAUAGCAAAGGAAGGACAUAGUUAAAUGUUUCCAUCUUUUUUAUUCCCCGAGACUGCAUCAACACAGGCAAGAGUAGAGGAACGUAAUGUUCUUUAUGGGACCAACAUCUUCUUGGUCCCAUGUAGUUCAUUUCUUCAUAGAAGAGAAAGAAAACUCUGAGACCCACUUACUCAUCCCUUUAUCAACUUUCCACCAUCAGUGCCUGAACCUUAAUGCAGUUUGAUUUCUCUGGGACAGAGAGACUGGGGAAGAUGAGAAGUUUCUGUGAAGAAUGAGUACAUACUUAUUCACAGCUCUAAGAUGUGAGGAAUUUAAUUCUUUAUUUAUGCAGUUCCCUACUUCACCUCUUUCUAUUUAAAAGCAAAGUUUUGUUUGUUUUUCUUUCCUCUUUAUGCUCCUCUAUAACCCAGUUUAGCCUAAAACUUUAAUUCAUUACGCAUAUUACACAUAAACAUUUACCCCUGGUAAUUGGCAGGUGUAUGUGACUAAUAAACUAAGACUUCAAAAACAGAGUAUGUGUAUGCAGGUGGCUUCUGGAGUAAUGCAGGGCAGAGCGUCGUACCUUUUUGAUUGUCUUCAGUGCAUAAAAAUUAACUGUUUUGGUUAGAUUAUAUCAGGCCUUAUGGUUACUUGGAAUGUUCUUUUACAAUAGUUCACAUCCUCUGUUAAGUCUGGUUUUAAAUUAAUUGAUUUCGGUCUAAUAUUGCACCCAAAAUAUCCUCCUCCGUAGCUAUAAAGCAAGAAAAAAUACCGUAGCGAUUCACACGAAUUCGGGAACACUACCAAAAGUCAAAAGCCUUUGUCAACUUGCUUUAUGUAAAAAACGUCCGAUAAGGAUAAGUCAGAGUAUCAUGAGAGCUACCAUGAAUUUUUUCAUUUUUGAAGCCAGUUAAAUGAAUGUGGAAAUUCACAGAGCUCACUCUUGAGCAGGUCUAAACAGAAGCCUGCAUAAGCUGUCAGAAGGAAGCCUGGGUGGGAGAGAAUAUAAUCUUACCUUGCACUCACUGGCAGCGCUGCUAUGCAGUCACGCCCAACACAAGCACAGCUCCAUUCUUAACAUGCAAGGUCUGCAACUGGGGCCAUGGCCGAAUCAGUGCCCCAACUCAGGUGUGCCUCAGUGUAUGCAGGCAGAGGCCCCGUACCCCUUCUCCAAAUCUUCCCGAUCCUGGAUUUAAAGUAAGGUGGGAUAGUACGGGGGCAUGAAAACAAUUGAUUUCUUCACAGGAUUUGAAUCCAGUUCGAAGGAGAAUAUAGGAAAAUCCAGACCAACAUUUAAGAUAUCCUGUAACCAAAGGGAAGUAAAAGCAUUGCAAGUUGACUUUCUCUGUAACAAAACAUUAAAUGGUGUUCUAUGUCAUAGUCUAAUGCUCUGGCUAUCUAAAUAUACCUUCAAUGGGAUUUGAGUUGAAAGUUUGUAUGAGUUUAAUAGAACACCUCCAAAUUUCUAUUCAACAAAGUUAUGUAAUUGUCCAUUGACAACAUAAUUAUAAUACCAAUGAGCUCUUAACUGUGGUUUCUCCACUGGAAAGUGAUUGUGU